GCUGGCUUAGAAGUUAAUGUGCCUCGGGACUUUCAUCACUUGUUAACAAUGUGGACAUGCUCGUUGUAGUUCAUGUCAUAUGGAUCAGCGUGUGUUAUAUUUGUAAAUUUAUUUUUAAGAAAAGUACAGCUGACAAAGCUGUUCAGGUUGUGACAGAAGUGGACUGUCACUGUUCAACUUCAGGUCUUGAUGAACUCAAACUGAAAGUAAAACCGGACCACGUAAAAGAACGAACAAACAACAGGCCUACUUGUAAUUUUUGCGAUUUCAGUUCAAAGGAACAAGAAUCUUGUCACUCCAGAACAAGAAAUAAUAAUACAACAAAAAACAAGUCCUUCAGUGGAUAUAAAUCUAACAAAAACAAUAGUGCUCAUCCAGUCAAUCACAGUAAACCUGGCAGACAAAGUUGGCCCAUGGCUAUGUCAAGAUCAAACCCCAAGACUGCCAAGUCUUUGAAAGAAAUUCAGAAGAACAACUCUGAUGUAUCCCUAUCGUGGCUGCUGAGUCUGCAGGAGAAACAGGGUGGCACGUCGGCACAUCAGAUGAACGACUGGCACGACAGACUGGAAUCCGUUUGGUUUGACGACAGUAUCAAGAGUAAGAGUCAGGUCAUAAACUGGACGUCGGAAACUCUCAAACAAUACUUCUCUACUGCAUCCAACCCUUUUGCUUUGGCACUGUAUCUCACACAGAGGUCACGUGAUUAUCUGACGAGCAAAUCAAAUACAUUGUCGUAUUUUAUCCUAAAACAGUUUGACCAGUGGCUGAAGUCGCCAAACAAUACAGUGAGAGGAACGGCGGAUUCCAUGCUGACUCAUGGUUUCCGUUUCAGUGUCUUGCGAGUGGUGACCGCCCCACACACCACCCUGUUAGAUCUGGCGGUCAAGGCGUUUAAUCUCAACCACAGUGGAAACGAGUAUUGUGUGCCAGUCGUCAAGGAACUGUUGGCCAACAAGAAGUACAACCAGGCUGCUCAAUGUAUCAGCAAGUUGCAGUUACAGUCCGAAUUCACUAUGGAGGAGAUUGUGCUGCCACUGAUCCUGCAAGACAAGGUAAACGUUGUGGAGGACUAUCUGGCCGGGAAUGCGGAGCAGCAGAAACUGGCCGUCAAGCUGCUUGACCACAUGUGUGACCCACAGACAAACCUGCAUCAACUAGUCGAUUUAUCUGGAGUAGAAAAUGUAAAAAUGCAAAAACUACAAAAGAAGACCCUUAGUAAGCUUGCUUGUCGAUUGAUGAAGUUGUUCCAGAUACCAUAUGAGGUGUGUCCUAAUAUUUCUAAUGCUCGAGGACUGGGAGCAUUGAAGUAUCUGAUGUACAAGAAGUAUAUCGAGAAAAGUUUUGGGUCUGGAAGCUGGGAUGAAAUGAUUCAGUCUGCCGUUGGGUCGAGUGCAUAUCUCCGGCAGCAGUUGGUGGAGCAGAUCAUGUGUUACAACGACCUCACUGAGGCCGCCAAGUGGGCCAACUACUACAACCUGGAGGAUUCCUCCCUGCCAGUGCCGGUACGAGAAGCCAGGGCCAGACUCGCUCAACUGAAGCCUGAUGAGCCGGUUCCGAGUCUGACAUUCAAUGAGGGCGAUGAGAACUGGGAUGACGAGUGUAUUCCCCAGGAGGAGAUGGACAAACACUACCACAGUCUGGCCGUCACGCUGGACCAGGUGACCAUCAUCGACACCAAACAGAAACUCAAGACGUGUGUCCAGCAUCUGACAGUGCCCGGCACUGUUAUUGGGAUUGAUUCUGAAUGGAGGCCUGCUUUUGCCAAUACGCCUGCAAGAGUGGCAUUGUUACAGAUGGCGGUGAGAGACCACGUUUUUCUUAUUGACUGUCACGUCCUCAGCUCUGUGAUGGACUCGGAAGACUGGUCUCACUUCACCAGCAGCAUCUUCUGUAACCAGUCUCUUCUCAAACUUGGAUUUGGUUUUGAGGGAGACUUGAAGAUGCUGGUGAACACAUUUCCUAGCAUGAAGGAACCUCUUCUUGAAAUGAAACGAGUGAUAAACAUCGAAGAUCUCACAAAACAGAUGUUUGGUGAUGGCCCGGUUAUGUUGAAUGAAAAGCUCUUGGAAGGAGAUGAGGCUGUAGCAGGUCCGAGCUGUGUGGACAGGGACGAUGUUGAUGUGGAUGACGACGAUGAUGACGAAGGUGCUAUGGUGGCCAGACCGUUCAAGUUUCAGAAGAAAGAGGAGCGCGGUUUGAGUGAGCUGGUUCGUCGGUGUCUCGGGAAGCCGCUGUGUAAGAUAGAACAGAUGUCAGACUGGGAGAGGAGACCGCUCAGAACAGAACAACUUGUUUACGCAGCUCUAGAUGCCUAUGUUCUAUUAGAAGUUUAUGGUGUCCUCCUCAAGCACAUUGAUGCUAACCACCUUGACAUUGACCCAGAGCCACUUCUAUCUCACAAGUGGUGCAAACCAACACGCAACGACAAGAAAAAGGCCAAGGCAGCAGGAAAGAAACUUCCAAAACCUGAAACGACAGAGACGUCGUGGUGUGUGCCUCGCUCCGGUCCGCCGAUGCGCCCAAACCAGCUGCGCGUGGUGGUUGACACGAUGCUGCAAGGUCUUGGACGUCACCUCAGGAGUUGUGGUGUGGACGUGAGGAUUCUCGAAAAUAACGAAGACCACGAGAAAACCGUACAGAUUUGUCGACAAGAGGGAAGACUUGUACUUAGUAGUGGUAAGCCCUUUGCUAUGAUACGUGCUCAUAUAUUGCCAGAAAUGUGUUACAACGUGCAGUCGGAAAAAGCGCGAGACCAAGCUGCUGAAGUAUUACAUCAUUUCAAUGUCACUGUCACACAGGAAGACAUUUUCAGUCGCUGUCAGAUUUGCAAUGGCGACAACUACAUCAAGAUUCCAAGCCCUGAUCUUAAACUUCUGUAUCAGAGGCUGGAUCAGCUGAAGAAGGGAAAUAACUCUACUGAACAGAGUAUUCCAGACAAUGUGUCACGAUUUCUCAUCGAUUACGGCAUUGACUGGUCGUCUGUUCGUCUCGUCUCAAACGGCGUCUUGCUGCAGGUUGACGCCAUGCCGAAGCCGAUGUUUGACAAGGUUGACUUGUUCUUCUGUUGUGCCACGUGUGGGAAAGUGUUCUGGGAAGGAACCCACUUCACUCGAGUCUGUGAUCAGUUCAAACAUGUACUCGACGUAAACGAUAAAUCUAAAACUGUGUAUAACAGUCACAUGCAGGAAAAGUAACUUGACAUUUUCUGUGUAAAACCUCUUCACUUCUUAACAUUGGAAAAUAUUUUACUUAAAUGUUUAUUUUUGCACAACUUUUGUACUCAUUAUAAGUUCAGUCAUCAUUUUAUCAUUGGACAAAAAUCAUGUUGAUUGUGUCCCACUGAAAGCAUUAUAUUAAAUGUGGACUUCUGAGACAAGUAUAAAAUAAAUGUGUACUUAAAAACAUGAAA